GGCAGUAUGGCGGCGCACGCGCAGCCGCGCAACCGUGUGCAUUGAGUUUGUAUUUAUUCUGUCUUCCGUCAAACAGAAAUCAACAAUGUUUCGUACAUACAUCCUAUUUACUGCGCUAUUUUUACAAGUGGUCAAAUUUACUGUGGUUGAAACAAAAAAGCAAGAUCUCAAGCUAUCGGACUCAUAUCUGCCGGUAGCCAUGCAGGUCAUAGCUCAUCUGACCGACCAAAUGGCGUUCGAAGUGAAGGACGAGCCCAGCACGAAGCCCGCGAAGCCAGCCACGCCCACUUUCAAACCGACCAGUCGACCAGUGUACGUCCCAGGAAUGAACCCUGGCUUCCAGACUUACGCAAACGGAUGGUUUAUGCGCUAUGGUAUUGGCUUGGAUAGAUCAGCACUGACCACGCCAUUGCACAAACCGGGUCUCUUCGCUCCAUCAGCCCCUCCAAAACCAUCUGAAAGAGUAUUCCCUAAAAGCCAACAUCGCUUCGUCCUUCUCCCUCUAGAGUAUAACUCCGAAUACACAGUCAUAGAACCAGAAGAGAAGAGAACAGAGGAACCUCUUCUAUCGAUCCACAAUGAGGAAAUCAAACCUCUAAUGGAGCCUAAUCCUGCAUCAGCACCACUGCUGCCACCGCACUUUGAAGCUGAGGUGAAAUCUCAAAGCGAGGAUGAUGAAAACUUGCAGUAUUUAUCAGAGAAUGUUAGGGAGAUCAUUAAAAUGGCCAAUGAUCCUGAUGACGAGAGGUUAAUAGAGUUGUCUGAACUGAAGGCUGGACCCCCGAAGGGUUCAGGUGGGAAACUAUCUUCGUCUAACUUAAGGUUGCUAUUGCUGUAUGACCUGCUAAGUCGAGAAGCGAAGAGACAGAAGUUGUCUGAUUUUGUUGGUUUCUCGCCGUCAGUAAUGCAAUCAUUAGUGGCGUCAUCAAGCGGCGGUGCGCGCGCGCAGCUCAGCAUGGCCCUCUCCAAAAUGGUCGACCGUAAGGACUGUGCACACGAGUACGCCAACAACAGAGCCAAGGAGAUGGUCACCGAACUUGCUAAAGACGAAUCCAAAUUGUCAUCUGAACUGAGAUAUUUGCAGCCACUCGUCUAUUUGUAUUGAAUAAAGUAGAGAAGUUGACUGACUAGUAGCUGAACAUACAUCUUUCCCAUAGAUUACCAUAAAUACUGUACGAUUCUGCUCCUUAAACCUGCUGAUAGAUCCGUUCUCGAUAUACUAAGCAUGAGAAAGAACGAGACAACAAUUUAACUGUUUCGUUUUGUUUCUCGCAUACGACACACAUCGAUAGAUUCAUUUGGCAUUUGUGUCAAUAACAUUCUUUACUCUGGCGGUACGUAAAGCUAAGCUACUUCCUAUACUAUAUAAUAAGUGAAGACUUAGAAAUUUCGUAAAUUAGAUAAUCAAAAACGCCAAAACAUACUCCUCCCAUACUAUAUAACAGCUGAAUAUAAGGUGCUCUCUCUCAAUCUAUUGAGUUAAUAAUUGUAUUAACUGCCCACUUUUGAACAGUGAUUUCAAAUUAGGAUUUAGAAAUUUCAUGAAUCAGAUAAUUCAAAAUUGCCAAAACUUUAGUCUCCCAUACUAAAUAACAACAGAAUGCGCCGUGCUAGUAUCAUAUAUCGGCCGUUGACUGUCCACUGAUGAACACAAAUCUCUCCCUUGCAAGGGUUUGCAAAUAUUUGCCACGCUUUACACAGAGUUGACAAACGUAAUUAGACUUUGGUCACGUUUUAAGAGGAACGCUGCUGUACGUCUCUCGACCAUUAAAUUCCUUUAGUUAUAACAUCCAUGAGAAAGAAAGGAGUGGCCUGUCCUAUGCCGGGAUUACAAGGCUAUGUAUGGGAGAUGCCAAAUUUUUUAUCAUUUUUCGAUCCAUGUUCAGUUUUUCUGGGAGAACACUUCGUUUUCGCUCUGUAUAAACACAGAUGUUGUUGGUAUUAUUUCUUUUUAUUUCUUACACACACAUUCUACAUAUAUUCACAAAUCCAUGUGACAAUUGUUUACAAAAGUUGAAAUAUUUACGUCCAUCAACAUUGUACAUUUUGAGGUGCAUCUUUUGGGUGAUUUAAAUGCGAAAAAUAGGGAAUAAAUAUUUUAAUAAUAUCAGUGGAAAAUAUUGUCUAGAACUAGAUAGGUUAUUCGUAAAUUAACAAAGAUUUUGUAUUGAUUUUUUUUUUGUAUUUAAUUUUUAAGAUAUUUGUACAAUAAUUUAUUACCUAUAUUGUGGUGUAUAGUUUGAAUAUAUAAAAAUACAGCAUCUUUUAUAGAUAUAUAAUUCAACCCGUUGAGAGUUGGUUACAUUUUUCAAUGAAUUGAUUAAUUUUAUUUGUUAAGAUGCCAUAUAUUAAAGUAUUUUAUUUU